ACAUCAUGAAAAUAUCUACCCUCCACGUAACCAGGUCUACAACCAUCAACGUCACAGAUCUGCCAACCCCUGCACCUCAUCGCACAAGAUCUCCAUAAAACCUCUCUUUAUAAAACCCUACGAAGAACAGUCUUGCAAAUCCCCCUCCUUCUCGACGCCUCAAUAAAAAAGCUUUGCUGUUUUGAAAAAUUAAACAAAAUGGCUUUGCCAAAUCAGCAAACUGUUGAUUAUCCAAGCUUCAAGCUUGUAAUUGUCGGUGAUGGUGGUACAGGGAAAACCACAUUCGUUAAGAGGCAUCUUACCGGAGAGUUUGAGAAGAAAUAUGAGCCAACUAUUGGUGUGGAAGUUCAUCCUUUGGAUUUCUUCACCAACUGUGGAAAAAUUAGAUUCUAUUGCUGGGAUACAGCUGGUCAAGAGAAGUUUGGUGGUCUCAGAGAUGGAUAUUACAUCCAUGGACAGUGUGCCAUCAUUAUGUUCGAUGUUACUGCACGAUUGACAUAUAAGAAUGUCCCUACAUGGCAUAGGGAUCUUUGCAGGGUCUGCGAAAACAUUCCUAUUGUUCUCUGUGGAAACAAGGUGGACGUAAAGAACAGGCAGGUGAAGGCAAAGCAGGUUACUUUUCACAGGAAGAAGAACUUGCAAUACUAUGAGAUUUCAGCUAAGAGCAAUUACAAUUUUGAGAAGCCAUUUUUGUACCUUGCCAGAAAACUUGCUGGGGAUCCUAACUUGCAUUUUGUUGAGACUCCAGCCUUGGCUCCCCCAGAAGUGCCUAUUGACCUUGCAGCACAGGCACAGCACGAGGCUGAGCUUGCUGCUGCUGCUAGUCAACCUCUUCCAGAUGACGAUGAUGACGCAUUUGAGUAAAGAAUAUUAGGGGGUGUUGUCAUUGAUGGAGUGAGAGGCUUUUGAUUAUAUGAUUUUGAGGAUAUAGAUAUUUAUAUCCUUUGACAUGUACGAGUAUAAACUGGAUGAUUUCAGGUUUAUUACUGACCUGUUUGUUUGAGUUGCUCAUAUCAUCAUUCUGCCA